GCGGCGGCGGCGGCGGCGGCGCGGAGUGGGUAGAGGGUGCGCGGGGGCCCGGGGCGCGCGGACAGCGGCCCGAGCGCGAGCCGUAUGCGUGCAUGGAUCCGAGCGCCGCGCUGCACCGGCGGCCCGCGGGCGGCGGCCUGGGCGCGGUCUCCCCGGCGCUGUCGGGCGGCCAGGCCCGCCGGAGGAAGCAGCCCCCCAGACCCGCCGACUUCAAGCUGCAGGUCAUCAUCAUCGGCUCCCGAGGCGUGGGCAAGACCAGCCUGAUGGAGCGCUUCACCGACGACACGUUCUGCGAGGCCUGCAAGUCCACCGUGGGUGUUGACUUUAAAAUCAAGACUGUAGAACUAAGAGGGAAGAAGAUUAGAUUACAGAUCUGGGACACAGCAGGGCAGGAGCGAUUUAACAGCAUUACCUCAGCCUAUUACAGAAGUGCCAAGGGGAUCAUACUUGUGUAUGACAUCACCAAGAAAGAGACGUUCGAUGACUUGCCAAAGUGGAUGAAGAUGAUUGAUAAGUAUGCUUCCGAGGAUGCUGAGCUUCUCCUGGUCGGAAAUAAGCUGGACUGUGAAACAGACAGAGAAAUCUCCAGGCAGCAAGGAGAAAAGUUUGCACAGCAGAUAACCGGGAUGCGCUUCUGCGAAGCCAGUGCCAAGGACAAUUUCAAUGUGGACGAGAUCUUUCUGAAACUCGUUGAUGAUAUUCUGAAAAAGAUGCCUCUCGAUGUUUUGAGAAACGAGUUAUCCAAUAGCAUCCUUUCCCUACAACCAGAGCCCGAGAUCCCACCAGAGCUGCCUCCACCGAGACCACAUGUCCGAUGCUGUUGAUUUGAUACUCUGGAGAUGGUGCAAGCAAUUCCUAGAAGGGGGAAAACAUUCUGUUCUGCACUACAAUCACGUGACAAUUUCCUUUCGCACUUUGUAACCCAAGUCAGCUAUACACUAACUUGUAAAUAUGCAAAUACGCAAUCCUGGGUAAGGUUGGGUUAUAUAAGUUACACACUUCCCUUCAAAUUAUAUUUCCUCAUUACCCCAGUGUCUAGUGUGCACACACUGGGAGACGUAGUACUUCUAAUAUGAAGAAUGGGAGAGAAGAAAGAUGUAAUAUUUCUCAAGUACUAUAAAUGUCCUUGUUAAUUACAUUACAAGGCAGACACUCCAAUGAGAAUAGAGGACCUGGUGCUUCACUUGCUGUUUCAAUGAAAAUCUACAAAAUGAAAAUCUGAAGAUUUUUUUUGAAAAGGAAGACAUGACAACCGCCUUUUCUUUAUUUAUGAGGCUUUCUCCAUGUAACAUCUCAAGGUUUGGAGUGUCUUUGCCCCAAAGCAAAGCUCCCUUCACAGCCACCAGUGAAAUUGCAUAUGGGCUAGUGAGAAGGUUUUCCUGGAUAGGGGACUGGAUUGGACUUGGUCCUGUGGCUGCAGAAUCCUGGGGGUUGGUUUCCCAUUGGCGGUGACCUGCUUUUAAGAAUGAAAAAGAGUCAAUAGAGAAAGAACCGAAGGGCUGGGAUUGUAGCUCAGUGUUUGAGCAUUUGUCCAGGAUACAUGAGUCUCUGGAUUCAGUCCCCAUCAUCACAAGGAAAGAAAGAGAUAAAGAAAAAGAAGCAUUUUUGAAACUAUAGAAAAGAUUUUAAAAUCACACUGCUGUCCUACACAAAUCCUGUUUAAAGGGAUUUUAGGAGUUACAUUUUAGUAUAUCAAGGAAAAUACAUGCAUUUGCCUAAACAUUCUGUAUCUUUGUAAUGAUGAACUUCUCCCCUUGAUGGUGAAGCUUAUUCCUAUUAAGCCUAGACUGUGUUCGAGUUUUCUUGUUUUUUUUUUUUUCCUUGAGGGUUUUUUUUUUUUUCUGGUCUGAUAAGGAAUUUGUGAACUCUAUCUUUGGUAUAUCUUUUAUUAAACUGCACUGUUUUGUUUAGUCAAGGUAAAUAAGUAUGUAUUUGAAUAACUUGGCGUGUCUUGAGUGUUGUGGUAUGAGAAGCAUCGUGGUCUUUCUACACUAAUGAAGUGCAAAUAAAAUUUUGUAUUUAUGAAUGACA